AUGGAAAAAAAUUCUGCUAAUAAUGCAGGACAACAAGGUAUUAUUAUAUUGUAUUAAUAUCUUCAGCAUAUAUGAUUUGAAUACGUUUGAUUAUGAAUUAAUUUGUAUUAUUUUAUUGUAGAUGGUUCCAGAAAGAGUAAGAACAAGAAGAAAAGUAAGUGUAGUAACAUUGUUUGAGUAUUUAAUUUCAUACAUUACUUACCUAAGUGUACAUAUGCAUUACUUAGUUGGCCCUGAGAAAUAAGAUAAACAUCUUUUAUAACAUUUACCUAUUUGGUGUUUCUCGUUUGCCCAUUGUUUGGAAAUGUUCAAGCGUCCAUUUUGUUUACAUUCAACAUCACAUGUUAUACCUACCUACUUUUUUUCAAAAUUUACUGUAACUAUACUAAAAUGUUUGAAAUAUUGUAAAUCAUUUUUAUUUUAUUUUAAAUUUCAUGAUAUUGAGUAUAGUGAAUCUGCAUUUAAAUCCAUCAAGUUAGGUUAAUCUGUCCCCCGUGCCCAAAAUUGGGUGGUAUAUUUUUAUGUAUAUAGGGUGAUUUUAUUCAUCAUAAACCAGAAAUUAUCUUGGAGUUUUUUUAAGUUAAUUUAAUUUCUGUUUUUUCUAAUUAUUAUGGAAUCGUUUAAGCUUUAUUUUAAAACCAUUUUUAAUUGUUUACCCUUACUCCAUAUACUUCAAAUACAAACGCCUACCGUCUUGUAUGGAAUGCGCGUUACGUCGCAAUUUCUUUCUCCGUUUCCGUUACGUCGCAAUUUCUUUCUCCGUUUCCGUUACGUCAUAUUACAACUUUGGUCUCUUUGUCUUGUUUACGUACAACAACAGCAAGGUUUAUAAAAAAACAAUAUAUUUAACAUAAAACACAACAGAUUUAUAAAAACUGUGUUGCAAAUUUGUUGCGCGACUUUUGGCCACCUCUGUAAUUAUAUAAUUUUGAUUUUCAAAUAGGAACUCCCCCCCCCCUCUUUUGAACACAGAUUUGAAUAGAAAAUAUUUUUCUAAAAAUUUGAUAAUACAUAUACUAAUAACAGAUUUACCGUUUAUAAGGUAUAUUAGUUUAAAAUUUAGACCUGAGGAGUAAGGAACGGUUAUAGGUAGGCAAUCUAUUACCCAUUUAUUGUAACUCAUAAACGGUAAACCUGAUAUUAGUGCUAUGCAUAUCAAAAUUUCUAGAAAAAUAUUUUUUAUUCAAAUUUAUGUUCUAAAGGGGGGAGGGGUGUUCCUAUUUGAAAAUCAAAAGUAUGUACUUAUUUAAGGUAUAUGAAGUAACGGUAAACAAUUAAAAAUGGUUUUAAAAUAAAGCUUAAACCUUAGAUUCUUAACCUUUUUUUGGUUAUGGACCUCUUUCAAGUAUAAAAUAUAACCAUGAACCCCUUCAAAAAAAACAAAAUUUUUGAUUAAAAUUAUCUUUUAAUGCUAAUAAUAUAAGACUUAUUAAAUAGAGGAUGUAACGAAACAAGAUGUUCUUUGAGUUUUACUGGUUCCAUGCUUCCAUUUGGGAGAAUUUGUCCACAAAUAAAACAUUGUGGUUUCUGCGUACCAUCGCGUUCAGUAAUAAAUGUAAAACCAUACAAUAUAUAUGAUUUAUCAUAUUAUUCUUUUUGACAUUAACAUAAUAAAUUUACAACAAAAUAAAAAUAAAGGAAUGCAUAAACUAGAGUGAUUAUGAAGAGCAAAUAAUCAAACGCGGUAACGGUCGAAAUACCUAGGUGACAAAACACAAUUUAACGAGUUAAACGACACUAUGUGCAGCGCGAUGGCAACGGGUCAACUGCUAACGCAGUAUAGGGAGAACUAAGAGAUAGGUUUUCUUGUUUAGUUAAAAUUGUUAAAUUGUAUUGUAAUCAUAAAUAUCGUAAUCUAGAUAUGGUAUUAUGUGAAUUAAUAAUGACAGGUUUUUCCCAUUGUGUUUUGAGUGACUGAGCAAACAAAUUUCAUUUUUAUCUAAUAGGCAAUAGCGUUAUCGAAUAUUUUACCAAAAUAAUAUGAACAACCACUCAAGUUUACGUAAAUAAUAAAUAUACGUAAUGAACACAAUGUUCACAAUAAUAGUUUACAUUAUAUACAAAACAUUUUUUAUCUUAACCAAUGAUUUUGAUUCAUCGAAUAAUUUGAAACAAAUUUAUAUUUGGGUAAUUUUAAAAAUCUCACACCCACUUUGUGGACCCCCGAGUUACCCUCUACGGACCCCCUAGGGGUCCAUGGACCACUGGUUAAGAACCUCCGGCUUAAACGAAUCCAUAAUGAUUACAAAAAAAAACAGAAAUCAAAUUAUCUUAAAAAACUACGAUAAUUGCUGGUUCGUGAUAAAAAAUUACCUGUAUUGGCAGUCUCCGAAUCUCUAUAACUUCUAAAAUGUAGAAUUUAGUAUCUGAAAAAUUCUGAUUGCAUUAUUAUUCUCAGAGUUAGAAAUUCAGUGUUUUUCUUAAAAUCUGAUUUUUGUAUAUUUUAUUUUCAUAUAGUUAAUUUCAAUAAUAAAAAAAUAUUGAAAAAUGAGUAACUACCAGAGCUUAAUUUUUUCCAACAUAUUUUAUAGGUUUUGUUUUUUUGAAAUACUCUAGGAAUGUUUAAAAUCAAGUUUGCAUACUUAAUUAUUCAUUGAUAUAUGAUAAGGUGAUGGAGCUCCUCCCUCUAGUGUUGUCUCGUGAAUACUCUAUUGUCCUGCAGUGACUGAAGUCCUUUUUCAUCUGUCCUGAUUGUCUUUAAUAUAAUAUUAUCUGUCGCCUUAGUCAAGGUAGUUGUGGAUGCUGUCAUUGUUAUCUGUUUGUGGUGUGUUGUCCUUUUCCGGACAUGUUUUACAUAUGACCCAUCAACAUCCAUUAGUACAUACUCAUACAUUAGUUGUGUGUAACAAUUAAUUUAUAUUAAACAUUUUAUUCGUGUGAAGGACAGAGUCUGUAACACAAUAGACAUUGGGAAACUUAUAAUUUUGUAUGAUUUUUUUCAGAGGUGUUUUAGAAUUGUUGAUAUACAUUACAUGUAUAGGUAAUUACACCAUACACCAUAAAUAAAAUAUUUGUUUUUUUUUUUUAAUUUCAGAAAAUAUGUUCGUUUCUUGUAUAGUUUUAAAUAGUUAAUUACUAAUAUAUAUCACUACUAUUUUUAUGAAAGUCAUAAAAAUAAUGGCUUUUUAAAACAGAUUUUGCAAAUUACUCUGAAGUGUUUUUCAUUUGCAAUAAUAUUCGUACAAUAAUUUAUUGUUCAAAAAAGUAUAAUAGUAUAAACUAACAUUUUUGUCCUCCAAUUGAAGAAUUUAAUAUGGACAGCAAAAGGAACUAAAUGACUUAUAAUGCUAAAAAAAAACAUCUAUUAUGUAUUAAAAGUAUAAUUAGUAUAAAACACGUUUUUAAUUAAUAGGUAUUUUGCACUCCAAAUUACAAAUUUUAAUAAAAUGACUAUACCUAUUACACAAAUAUUAAUUUUUACAAUUUUAGAAUAUGUGUUGUAAAUAUGGAAUGUAGUAUUUUUCAUAAUCAAAUUAAACACUUUAAAUAGGAGCAUAGCAAAAUAAGUCUUCAUGGUUACGAAAAUCAAAAAAAAUGUUAAUCAUACUAUUGUAUAACAAUACAGUUAUAACAGUUCCAUGCAAUUAUUCACUAAAGAUAAAGUUUUAAUAUACACAGUAAUAUUAAAAACAUAACUAUCAAAAAAAAUAUUUUAGAAUCCAAACAAGAUAAGAUGAUACGAAAUUUUGUUUUUAAAUUCUAAGUUUAAAGAAAGCUUUUAAUUUUACAAAGGUUUAAAAUUUGUAUAAUAUUAUUUAAGUUAUCUGUUAUAUUUUAUAUGAUAAAUUAUAUAUGGUCUACAGUUUUAUCUGAUAAUAAGAAAAAAUUAAAUAUUAAUUUGUAUUAAUACUUAUUUAAUACCUUAAACAGGUAAUGGAAGUGAUUUCCCGACAUCUUCUCAAAAUACAACACAACAGAAACAACAGCAGCUUAAGGAGAAAAACCCAGCCAAUGAUUUUCCACAACUAGGACAGCAAAAUCAGCAGCAACUUAAGGAGCCAAUGCCAACCAAGGUUUCUGAUAAUUCGCAAAAGCAACAACCACAAAGUAAAUUAAUCUUAAUAUUUUUAGUUAGGUGGUUUUUUACAUGAUUAAUUCUUAAUAUAGAUAAAAGUGGUUCUCAAAUACCCUCAAAUGAGACUCAACAGAAACAGCCGCAGCAAAAGCUAACUAAGGUUCCUGAAAAACAACAUAAAGGUAAAAAUAAUAUGUAAUAAAAUUAAUUGUGUUGGUUUAGAUCUAUGGUGUCUAAAAAUAUAAAAAUGUGAAUAUAGGUGCCUUUCUGUUAUGUUAGAUCUAACAAGACCUAAACCAACAUUUAACAAUUUUUCUUUUUGGCAUAUGUGCAUUUAAAGAAAAAAGAAAUUUAAUUUGCUUGCAUAAAUUGAGAAAAUGUGAUGAUAUUACAAAAUGUGUGUAUUUAUUUCUUUGUUGAUUUGAACUCAUAUUGCAGGUGAACAAACUACUUCUUUAAAACCAAGUGUUUCUGAGGAAAUUCAAAUCCAACCAAGUAUUUAAAACAUUUUUUAUUUUAUAUGCAUUUAUAAUUUCAAAAUACUAUAGUUAUACAAUUUUAUGUGAUUUUAAGCUGGUAACCAACAAAUUGAUCAACAAAUUGAAAUUCUAAGAAAGAAAUUAGUUAUUCCAAAACGUAAAAAUCUAAAAGCUGGAGGCAAAUUAGGACGUCAAACUGAAUUCGAUGUGAACCAUCUUCCUCUAAACCUCGAUAAAUUGUUUAAAAAAACUGUUUAUCAUAUUGAUUGUCAAUUUACUCCAGAAUUACCCAAACGACUUCUUAGGUAACUUAAUACUGUGUUUAUGAUAAAUUAAAUUAAUAAAUAAAUAACAAUUAUUCAUUGUUAUUAUUACUAUUAUUUUUUUAUCAAAUUUUAUAAUGAACAAUUUUAUUUACUUUUAGAUCUGCCUUGGAACAGUUUGUCGAAAAACAUUAUCGAGGCAUCCAAUUUGCAUUUGAUGGUAGAAGAAACAUGUAUACUACAAAAGAUUUGAAAGGGGUAUAAUACAUUAAUUUACUGUAUAAAAAGUACUACAUAAAUAUUUUAAUUACUAACUCGUUAUAUGAGAGAAAAAAAUGACAAUAUUUUUGCCGUUUUAUGGUAAAAUCUUUGCUGAACAAAAUAUUAAUUUUUUUUAAAAUAUUUUAUUACAUUUAUUCAAUUUACAAAAAAAUUAUUUUUUAAAACAAAUGAUUAUUUUUUCCAAGUUGUUUUGACAUAAGGCUAAUAAUAUAUGCUAAUUUGUAUAAUAGUGGAACACAUAUAAUCAUCUUAAAAAGUUUCAAUUAUUUGAAGUUGUUAUUUUUGCUUGUGAAAUAAAUUUAGUUUUAUCUAUUAAGUGUUUAUUAACUAAUAUAUUAUUUCCAGAGAAGUGAUUUAAUCACUGUUCUAAAUGAAGAAAAUGGUAAAUCUAUUGACUUCACCAUUGUUACAUCAGUUGUUAAACAAAUAAAUAUGGGUAAGAUUGAAGAAUAUUUGAAAAGUGGAUCAUCUAAUUGUCCUCCUGGAGAAGCAUUUCAAGCAUUAGAUAUUGUUUUGAAAAACAGGCCAUUUGCAUUAAGGUUAGUAAUAUAUAAAUCUAGUGAUUAUAAUAUACUCUCUAUUAUCCACUUUAAAAAAGGAGUUUUGGAAUCAAAUGUUCUUAAUAUAAAGUGUACUGUGGAAAUAUCCCCAUUGAGAAAUCUUCUGAAUCUUAAACUAGAUAGUUAAAUACUAAGUAAGGAUUACAUAUAUUCAUAUUUUAGUUACAUUUUUGUUUUGGUAAGGAUAGAAAAAAAAUGACUUAAUUUUAUUUUCAAACAAUUUGAAUAUAAAAAAAAUAUCUAUUUUAUAGAACAUAUAUAUUUCUGAAAAUGUUGAUACAUUAUUUAUAUAUUAUUGGUUUUAACAUUUGUCAUGCAAAUGGUUGGUAAUCUCUAAUUGACUUAGUAAUUAUUUCCCCUAAACUAAAAAAAUGUACUGAUUUGAAAUACCAAAAUAAAAAUUUAAUUAAAAUCUGAAUAUUAGAAGUCCUUUAAACUAUGUAAAAAAAAACCAGAAUUUGAAUAUCUUUUUUUAUUUCAAAAUAUGUCAAUAGGGAUAUUUUUGUAGAACAUCUAUUACUGUUGGAUAACCAAUUACAAUAAAUAACAGUUGAUUUAUUUUUAGCUUUUUACACACUUAUAAAAUACAUGAAAUUUAUUAGUGAAUUAACUAAAUGUUUACAGUUUUUUGUACUUAAUUAAAUUAAUAUUAUAAAUAAUGUAUUAUUUAACUUUACAUAUAUAAUUAUUAAUGUUGUUGAUUUAAGUUAGUUAAUUUGUUUAAAAUAUUUAAUGAUUGCAAUUUUAAAAAGAUUUGUUUUUCAGGUUUACUAAUGUUGGUAGGUCUUUUUUCCCUGUACCACAUUUUCAGCCAAUUGACUUGGGUGAAGGAAUGGAACUCUGGAAAGGAUUUUUUCAAAGUCCUGUUAUGGGUUGGAAACCUUAUUUGAACAUAGAUGGUAAAUAUAACAUAAUAUUAUUAAUAACUAUUAUUACUAAGAAUAUACUACUUUUCAGUUGUAUACAUUUAUCUAUACUAUUUAUUUAUGACAUUCUUUUUACCAUGAGCACAGAUGUAAAAAUUCUCCAGAUUAUUAUUUUUGACUAAGAAUGACAUAUACAUUUAUACAUGUAUGUAUAGGCUGUCCCACAAAGAUAUACUCCUUGAAUAUCUCCAGAGAUAAUAAUGAUUUCAUACAGAUAAGUUGAAUUAAAAAUGGCUGUUACUUAGAAACUAUUCAUGGGAAAUUAAUGUGUGAUACAUCAACAUUUUCAGGGAAAUAAUCUUUACAGAAUCGUAAAAUGUUCCAAAAAUAAUAAUAAAACAUUAUUUCUUAAAUUUUUUAAUAAUAAAUAAAAAAAAAAAACAGAAUUUAAUUAUCUUUAUCUCUAUAUCAAGAGAUAUUGAAGGAGUAUAUAUUUUUUUUAUAAAUUUUCACAAAUAUUUUGCAUCUACUAUAUUUAGGAAGCCAGAAGAAGGUAUAAAAUUAGGCUAGUAAAUUAAUAAUAAAUGGAGAGUUAUAUUGCAAUAGACAUUAUGUAGGCCUUUGGGUAAUUAAACAUUUCUUAUUAGGUAGUCAUAGUAAAAGUCUACAUUAUUAUUCUUGUACAGCCAUAACGUUUUAGAUUUUCCUAAACUUACCUUUUACACUAAUUUCUGAAUAGGAUGUUAGUAAAAUUCUUAUUAUUCUCUUAAGUUAAUUUGUACAUUCUGAGCAAACCAAAUAAUAUUUUGAUUUUUUUUCCCUAUCAACUUAUUCUCCCAGAAAUUUUUCUCCAAUCAACAACACAGCAGAGGCGGUUUUUGGCACAAAUAUUGUGCUUAAUAUAGGUACUUCAUUAUUAAUAACCUUUACCUACAGAUGUAAAUUCAAAUUAUCUAUGUAUCCAACUUCCAACCAACAAUAGUGUAUACCUAUCAGCUCUUAAAUGUUAUGGUCUUAUGUUAUAUGCAAUUUCUUAUGUUAUGUUUUAAGUAAUUUUAUUUAAUUUUUUAGUCGCACACAAGGGCUUUCCCAAGCAUCAACUAUUGACUUCUUAUAUUCAAAAUGAUUUGAACUGCUCUCUUGAUACAGAGCUAGAUUUUAGAUCUCAAAAUGCAUUAGCAAAUUAUGUUAAAGGAUUAAAAGUCUAUUUCAUGAUUCCCAAUCAAACUAAUACUAAACGUUCAUAUAAGGUCAACGGUCUUUUUGAAAGUGCAUCAAAAUUUAUGUAAGUAUCUUAAACUGGUAUUAAUAUAAUGAAUCAUUUAUUUUAAAUGUGAAACUUAGAAAAUCAAAAUAACUCUAGGUUCUCUAUUUUGCCAGAAUAAUUAAAAAUAUUGUUAUAAUUAAUCUCAAUCCUAUAAGCUUAUCAAUCGUGUUUGUAUAAUUCACAUAUUAUUUAUUGUGAAUUAUACUUCUGAACCUAAUUCAACAUAUCUAUUAGAUAACAUACUGUAACACAGUUGGAUUCUAUAAAUAUUUUAUUAGUUUGUCACAUUCCAUUCUUGCAGUUUUAGCUAUUAAAAAUUAAAUUAAAGAAAACUACUAUGUAUAAGUACAUAUUUACUCGGUCAUAAAAACAUUUUUGAGUGGUUUUUGAUUUUAAAUAAUUUUGAGCAAAGGAUCAUCAGGCAUCAGGAUAAUAAUUACCAAUUAUUAAACUUAAGAAACUUAUGUUGUGUAUUAAUUCAAAUAAUUUUGAAAAUAAAACAAAUAAUAUGUUUUUCUCAACUAAAAUAAGAAUAAAAUGAAGAUUUGUUUGUUUAGAUUUGAAAUGGAUGAUGAAAAUAAAGGUGANUUCCAAUUGAAGUAAAUAUUACUCCCAUUAUUGAUUAAUUUUUUUGAUUAUUAUCAUGAUUACAUCAAUUUUUUUUUUAAUUUGUGUACUAUAUUUGUGUUUUGUACAGUUAAACUGUUGAGUAACUGUUAAAUGAUUAUUACCAUAGUUAUUACUGGUCAAUUUUUCUUCUAGCAAAGGUUUAAUGGAUCAUGUAACUGUCCAUUUCAAACUGGUAAAAAGAACAAUGUUAUACUAAUUAUUGGACUUGGAUAUUUAAAUCAUAUAAUAAAUAGAAUACAAUUUUUUUUUAGUCAAAUACAUUUUUAAUGUCUCAUAAUUAUUCAAUUUAGGGAUACAUUUUUAUUAAGAAACUCUUACUUACCAAAAACUAACUAUAUUAUAAUUAACUAUUACAUUAACUAUUAAAAUUAUGAUUAAUAGAAAUAUUAUAAAAAAGAACAGGAAAAAUUAAAAAAUAAUUAUUUUUAAAUUUUUACUAACAAAUAUUUCAUUAACCAAUUUAAACAACUUGUAUGAUUUUCCAAUUUAGUAACCAGAAUUUAUAACUGUAAACUUAAUCAUUAAACUGUUCCGAGGCCAAAUCACAGCUAAUAAUUGUAGUAAUACAUUGCACUUGGUUAAUAAUUGAAUAAUGCUUACUUGAAUAAAUAUUUUUUAUGAAUUAAAAUGAAUUUAAAUUUUUUUAAAUUAUAAUAUUCUAUUGUGUUUGGUUUAGUUGUGUACUGUCCAAAAGGGACAAUUAAGGAUGAAAAAAUUAACCGAAAAUCAAACUGUACAAAUGGUGAGAAAUGCAGCUCGACCACCUUAUGAACGGAGACAAACUAUUGAAAAUUGUAUAAAAGACAUAAAAUACAAUAAAGACUCAGUAUUGAAAGAAUUUGGUAUUGAUGUCGAAGAACAAUUUGCCACUAUUCCAGGAAGAGUUUUGGAUCAGCCUUCUUUGGCAUAUUACCAAAAUAGGGUAUGCUUCAAUUGUUUAGUGGAAGGCUACAAUAAAAACUAAUUAUCUCCAGUUUACAAAUGUAUCUCAUAGUAAAUUUGCAGACUGUAGUUUAAUGUUUUCAACAAAAUUUGAUAUUUAAUAAGAAAAACCUUAUUUUAUCUUUAAUCAAUUUAUAACUUCAAUACUAUUAUAUAUGACAGGAUAAAGUGGUUGUCCAUUUUAGAUAUUAUGCACAAAACUAGUGUAAUGAAAACAAGUGGAAAUCUAUAUUUUUUUUAUAUACAAAUGCGUUAUGUUAAACAAAUUACCCAUGUAAGAUACUUCAAUGACAGGUUUAUUCUGAAGAUAAAAUAUUUAUGAAAUUUCAAAAUAAAUUCCUGUUAAUUAAAAUUGUCUUAAUAGAUCUCAAUGAUCCACAGCCUGUUUGCUUUCAACAGUUUGGUUACACAUGUUUUAAAAUGUGUUAAUACUUCCUAUUUUAUAUUUAUAAAUUUUGUACAUUUUCCAAAUUUAUCAUGAAAACUCAUGGGAAAAAUGAAAAACUGACCAAAUUCAUUCUUAAUAUUAACCCAUUAACACUGUGCAUUGCAACAAAGUAAAUACAACUUUUUUGGAUAUUUUAUAUUCAGUGUGAAUUUUCUUCAUUUUUCUUCUACCAUUGCAUCAUUAAAAAAACUUGUUAGUUGAUUAAAAUUAACAUUGUGCAUUUGUAAGACAGAGACAACAAUUGUAAGAACCUUUUAAGUCAUUAAGUUGAAAAAAAUUAUCUUUUAUUACAGCACCUAAUACAAUUUAAAUUGCAACUUUGAGUCAAUAGUUAAUUAAAGUAAAUUGUAAAUAAUAAAAUAUGCUAUAGUAUAUUUAUUUACUAUGGGGUUGGCCCUUAUCUUUAUUUUGGAGGAAAGAAAUAUUAAACUGAUAUGAAUCAAUUUUAAAUAAUAAUAAAAAAAAGUCAUAUUUGUUCAGUGUUUUUCCUGUAUCCUUAUUUUGCCAAAACUUUUUAUUAUGUAACUGAUAUAAUAUUUGUUAUGUUUUCUAAAAAAAACACUCAAUUUAAAGUCUAAAAUAAUAAUAACAAUUUGUUGCUUUUUUUUUUUGAAAGCUAACCAGAAAUUAUAUCUGUUAUUGCACUACUCUUAAUAAUUUAUCUAUUUUUUUUUUACAAAUUCUCACUUUUCAUUAUUGGAACUGAUAUGAGGGACACUUGACAUUUGUCCUUUUAAAAACCAUUCUUUAAUUCAAACUAAAUUUUUUGAUUAUCAUCAGUUAUAAUACUUCUUCAUUACUUUACAUUAUGGUGUAGCAAACAGAUAAAAACAAAAGUUUAUAAUUACAGCUAAAUAAUUCUGUUUUAAGAUUCAAAAUCAUUAAGGUAUAUUUACACAUAACAUAUGAAUGUUUCAUAUUUUCCAUAUCCAUAUCAGUGAAAUCCCCAAAAACAUUGUCUCCGACAAAUUUUAAAAUACGGAAAAGGAUACUGAAUGGACAUGGAACGGAUGUGUGUAAUUAGACCUUUAUUUAACUAUUGUAUUAAAAUUGAUUAAUUUAUAAUUUAUAAUACAUAACCCUAAAAAAAAUUCAGAAUUUUUAAUAACUACAAUUUUUUUUUUUAACAGGUAACUAGACCGAAGGCUGGUGUUUGGAAAGCUGAUAAAUUCUCUAAGGCUGCAAAACUUACGAAAUGGGUUGUACUCAAUUUAGAUAUACGGACUAACCACACAAGUAUAAAGUAAGUAAAAUAAUUAUUCCAUUUUAAAUAAUUUAAUAUUAUUAUUCUUUUGUUAAACUUUUGAAUGACUCAUUUGAAAGAAUGUUUACAAUUCAUGUGUUGUAAUUUUUACAACAGUCCUAAUAUGGUAUGUUAAUCAUACAUAUCAAAUAUUAAUAUAUUUAAACUAAUUUAAUUUUUAAUUCAUAUAUUAUUGUCAUAGAAAUGGAAUAAUGUAAAUGUGUAACAAAAAUGUAUGAGUAACAAAUACAAAUGACAAAUCCAUUAUUAUUAUUAUAAACAAAAUUUAUUAAAUUUAUUAAAGAUAAGUAAUAUAAAACAAUAGUCACAUUUUCUUAUUGUUAAAACACUCACAAGAAACUAAUUAUAAAAUAAUAAAUUACACAGAAUGAUGCUUAUUGUAUUUUUGACAACACAAUAAGUUCAUGUCUACUCUGUAUAUUAUAUUGUUUAAAUGUUAAUUAAAUAUUUCUAUCAUUGUAUUAUAUUCUAGAAAUUUUGAGAGAUUGCUGAUACAAAGUGGUAAAGAUUACAAUGUUAUGAUAAAUCCAAUGGAUCCAGUGUCCAAUGUGACUUUGAAAAAACAUAUACCUAUUAAGUCCAUUGAAAAAGAUGUUGAGAAUUUUUUGAGUAAAGUAAAAAAUUCUGUGCCCCCAACGGAACUAGUAGUGGUAAUAAUUCCAGAAUAUCCACAAGGAGUAUAUGGUAAAUAAUAAAUAAUAAUUUAAAUAUUUACUAUACAUUUAUAUUCUAAGUGAAGCAUGGAAUGUAUUGGUUUUAAAAUGCUAGCACUUUAAAUGAAAAUAAAUCUGACUAAGAAGAUACUUUAGACCUUCAACAUUUUUUUUUUGAUUUUCUUGGAGUUUUCUUAAUAAAUGGGAAAACAUCUUAGAAAAUUUAGGGAAAUAUGAACUUUAUUAAACAAAUAUUGUUCAAGGUUUAAUGCUUGUUUAAUUAUUUUACCAUAAUAUGACAACAUAUUAUUGAUAAAGCAACACUAUCAACUAAACCCUGCUCAGAAUCGUUUUUCAAUAGCAAUGACUUAUCACUGCAUUUUUAUAUAUAUUAAAAUCUCGUCUUUAUCCUAGCUUAUUAACUUCCCACCUACAACAGUGGCUGCACUCAUCCCUAUUAUAAUAAGACAGCUGUUUUAAUCCUCAUUUAAGAUUUUUAUUUAUUUUUAACAUUUUGUUUGAUUAUAUUAUUAAUGUAUUUUUAUUAUAAUAAAAGCAUUUUAAUUUUAAUUUUGAAUUGUUAUAAAUAAUAAUUUUAUAACCAAAUGUAUUUUAUUUGUUUAGCUGCUAUUAAACAAGCUUCAGAAUUGCAAAUUGGUAUGCUCACCCAGUGCAUUAAAUCUAAGACUAUGUUGAAAAUGAAUGUUUCUACAGCUUGUAAUAUCUUAUUGAAAAUAAAUUCAAAAUUGAAUGGAAUCAACCAUACUUUGUCUGCAAGUAGCUGGUAAUAUUUGUUGAAAAUUGUAUUUUUAAAUUAAAAAUUACUUUUGAUAAUACAACACAGUGCAAAUAAGAGUAUUUAAUAAUGCUGUAUUGUUUAAAAAAUAAAUUCUCAUUUAUGAGAAAUAAUUUUUAAAAUAACCAAACAUGAAAAUUAAUUUACUAUUAGCAGUUUAUACUUGUUAAACUUAGUAAUAUAAUAAUAAUAAGUUGAAGCAGUCAACAUUUUCAGAAGAAUUCUUUGCCAAGGCCAUCUUCAAAUUUUUCAAACUAAUAAAAUUUGGAUUUGUUAUUUUUUUAAGUUUUUUUACCAAAACCAUAAAUUUUUAAACUAGGUAUAAUAAUAUUUACUAAUACUACAUACUACAUACUACAUACUAAUAUUUUGCUUCAAAUUUUAAAUUUGAUAAAUAAGGCAAUAUGCACAAUAUUAAAACUAACAUAACUAAAUUGGUUCUACUGAAUAAAAAAUUAACAUGCGCUAUUACUUAUAUAUAUAUAUAUAUAUAAAUAUAUUAUACAUUCUUAACUAUAACUGUGAUUUAGCCCAAACAGUAUGAAAGGUGCGAUUAUUUUUGGAGCAGAUGUUACUCACCCAUCACCAGAUCAAACUACUGUUCCUUCAGUUGCUGCUGUGAGUAUAUUUCAACAAUUAGAAUUAUUAAAUAAUAAAAUAAUAGAGUAAUAACAACAUUAUUAAAAUGGUUAAUACUCAUAAAUAAAUAUAUUUAUAAAUAAAAAAUCUAUAUAUAAAAAUAAGGUAAUUAAAAUUAAUAAAUUUAUUAUUAAUAAUAAAGCAAAAACAAAAUUAUUAAAAUAAAUUAUAUUCGCAAACAGAAGAGCUAGUUAUGGGUCUUUUAAGUUCAUUUUUAUUUGAAAAUUAUGAAACCAAUAAUAUUAUUACAACAAAAUAUAUAGUCCAUAUUUAAAAGCAUAUUAUAGAUAUGUUAAUGGUAUUUUUAUAUUAGAGAUUUAAAUAGACAAGUAGAAAAUUAAGUUGACUACUUAAACAUGUGAAAUGAAAACAUUCAAUUUACACUCGAAAUACAAAUAAAUAAUAAAUGAAAUUUUUAGAUCUUACAGUUUCCAUAAUAUACAAUAAAUUUGAUUUUUGUAUUUACCAGAAACAUAUAUAAACUGUUUCUUUAAUACCACAUGAUUCUAAUCACCAUUAUAUUAAAUAUUGAUAUUGAUAUUUAUAUUAUUGAAAUAUUAAGUACCCAAAAUAAAGUUUACAUUAGUUCAGUGUUAGAAGAAUUACACAUACACAAUAAAACAAGGAAAAAUAAUUUUAAUAAUAUUUUAAAUGUUCAAACCGAUUUUAAAAAUAUCUUAUAUUAAUACAUGUGAGAUAAAAAAUAAUAACCAAAUAAUUNUUCUUCAUUUAAUUUUUUAUAUUCAGUCACGGUUAACAUUUCCACUAUGAUAUAUCCGAUGAUGAAUUUUUAAUUCGAAACCAUGUAGUACACUUAUCAUAAUUCAUUUAUUUAUUUAAGAAUAUUAACCAUCUCAAUAACUUUGUUUUUACCUAAUUAUUUUAGUAUUAAUAAUAUAUUUUUCAAUUGCAUUUCAGGUUGCAGCAAGUCACGAUUUAUCUGGAAGCCAAUACAAUAUGGAAUGGCGUUUGCAAUCGCCUAAAGUGGAAAUCAUUCAAGAUUUAGAAGAUAUUGUCCACAAACAAUUAAUUAAAUAUAAAGAUAAAACAAAAACAGUGCCAAGAAAGAUAUUCUACUUCAGGGAUGGUGUUAGCGAGGGACAGUUUGUACAGUUGUUGGACUAUGAAUUUGUUGCUAUCCGGCGUGCUUGUUUACGGUUAAAUGUGAAGUAUCAACCACCCAUAACAUUUUUGGUUGUACAGAAACGGCAUCACACUAGAAUAUUCCCUAAAUAUCCAAAAGACAUGGAUGGCAAAUUUCAAAACGUUCCAUCUGGUUCAAUUAUCGACACUCAAAUAACCCACCCAUCAGAAGUUGAUUUUUACUUAUGUAGUCAUGCUAGUAUUCAAGUUAGUCAUUAAUUUUAAUUAUUAAUCAUAAUUUGAAAUUUUAAACUCUUCCUUUAAUAUAAUCUUAAAGGGAACAUCCAGACCAACAAAGUACCAUCUUAUUUGGGAUGACAAUAAUUUAACAGAAGAUGAAUUAGAACAACUUACUUUCUACUUAUGUUUUUUGUUUGUUCGUUGCACUCGUUCAGUUGCAUAUCCAGCACCAACAUACUAUGCUCAUUUGGCUGCUUUUAGAGCACGCACUUAUAUUGAAAAGUAGGCUAUUAUAUUUUGAACUAUUAUUUUAUUAAAUAAUUUUAUUGAAUAAUUUUUUUUUUUUUUUUUCAUAUAGCAAAAUCAUAAAUAUCAAUCGUUUGGAUGACGAGCAAGUUAAAAAUCAAUUGAAUGCAUUAUUCAGUUCCGAAAAUCCUAUGUUUUUUGUUUAA